GUAACACUCGGCUGAAUACUGAACCCCUGACUCAAAAAAACAGCACCAACAAGUGCUUUUCAUGCAGCUGUUUUUCAGCAUGAAUUUGGCAGAGAUAUGUGACAACGCCAAGAAGGGCCGUGAGUAUGCUUUACUGGGGAACUACGACUCCUCAAUCGUGUACUACCAGGGUGUAAUUCAACAGAUCCAUAAGCACUGUCAGACCCUCAGAGACCCUGCACUCAAAGUCAAAUGGCAACAGGUCAGACAGGAACUGACUGAGGAGUAUGAGCAGGUUAAAGGUAUCAUGGGGACACUGGAGAGCUUUAAAUCGGAGAAGCCACUUGACAUCCUUGCUCCUCAAUCAGAGGAGAGAUCUGAGGACCCAUCAGUAUGGCCGCCACCUACCCCUGCAGAACACAGGAAUCCCAUUGCAGUGAAGCGUCCCAACAGUGCAGUGAAGCAGCAGAGGAAGGAGUCCCCUGGUCUGCAGCAUCGAGGGGCAGGGGCAGGUGGGCGUGGUCAGGCUAACCCUAAACCAGACCGGCCGGGUUUCAGAGAUGCCCGAGGCACAAAAGCCAAAGAUGACAAGGGAAAGAAAGGGGUUGGAGACACACCCGGUGAGGUAGAGCAGAAGAAGUUUGACGGCACGGGAUAUGACAGCGACCUGGUGGACUCAUUGGAGAGAGAUAUUGUGUCCCGUAACCCUAACAUACACUGGGAUGACAUUGCUGAUCUGGAAGACGCUAAGAAGCUGCUGAGAGAAGCAGUGGUGUUGCCGAUGUGGAUGCCUGACUUCUUCAAGGGAAUUCGUCGCCCCUGGAAGGGUGUGUUAAUGGUCGGCCCUCCAGGGACAGGGAAAACCAUGUUAGCCAAAGCUGUGGCUACAGAAUGUGGGACUACUUUCUUCAAUGUGUCCUCCUCCACCCUCACCUCCAAAUAUAGGGGCGAGUCUGAAAAACUUGUCCGUCUGCUGUUUGAAAUGGCCCGGUUCUAUGCACCAACAACCAUCUUCAUAGAUGAGAUUGAUUCCAUCUGUGGCAGAAGAGGAACAUCUGAUGAACAUGAGGCAAGCCGUAGGGUCAAAUCAGAACUUCUGGUUCAGAUGGACGGUGUCGGGGGAGCCAUGGAUAAUGAUGAUCCUUCUAAGAUGGUGAUGGUCCUCGCUGCCACCAACUUUCCGUGGGAUAUUGAUGAGGCGUUACGGCGACGGCUGGAGAAGCGUAUCUACAUCCCCCUGCCGACAGCUGUGGGUCGUGUAGAGCUUCUAAAAAUCAACCUGAGGGAGGUGGAGGUGGCUGCUGACGUGGACCUGGACCUCAUCGCUGAGAAGAUUGAGGGUUACUCAGGAGCGGACAUCACCAACGUCUGCAGGGAUGCAUCCAUGAUGGCCAUGCGUCGUCGUAUCCAAGGCCUGAGCCCCGAGGAGAUCCGAGCUCUGUCCAAAGACGAGCUGCAGAUGCCCGUGACGAUGGAGGACUUCACCCUCACACUCAAAAAGAUCUCCAAGUCUGUGUCUGCUGCCGACCUGGAAAAAUACGAAGCCUGGAUGUCUGAGUUUGGGUCAGUAUAGAGACAGAUACCAUUUAGACUCAGAGGGACCAGAACUUUUAAAGAAGCACUCGCAGCUUUGACAAUGAUGAAAGCCUUGAAGAGGAAGGUGGUGCAUGUCACAGAGCUGUGCGUGAACCAGGCGGCACAUCAGGGAUGCAGGUAAUACAGGGGCUCAAGUUCACAUCAGGAGAUCGUGCCUUUGAUUGAGCAUAAUGAAGACUUCACUCCUUCCCGUUCACAUUCCCUUCCCUUGUUGCUUUGACUUGAUUGUCUGUGUAAAGACCAGAUCCAGCUGCUGAGUGACUUGAGGAAGAGUGGGGUGAACUUCUCUCACACGGGGGAACUUUUAAUGUAAAAAGUAGCCUAACACACAUAAAUAGGCCAGGGAAUGCAUACUAGUUUUACUUACAUAUUGGGCCUCAUGCAAGAACGAAUUCUUAUCAUAAAUGUUUUUCUCUUCCUGUGAGUUUUGCUCAUACGAGUGUUCCUAGUCAGAUUCACCAAACUGCACUGUAUUGUAAAUUGCUCAUUUCAACUUAAUGACCACCAGCUGUUUACAAGUAAUUGAGCGUACAUGAGAUUUGAUCUUCAGCCUAAUCGACACCCAUAAACUGAGAUAUUUUGGGGGCAAGUUUCAGUUAAAAAAUGCCAACAGAGUAAUUGCUUCACACCAUGGAGUUUUAAAUCCCGCUGUCAGAAAUAAUAACAAACUUAGCUGCAUCAGUAGUUGUUCUAUAGGACCCGAAACAAUUCCAAAAUAUUAUUACAGCUGCCAAACACAUUUGAUGCUCAUAUCAUCGAGCACUGCUCUGCGGUGACAGAAACAAAGAUGGAAUAGUUUGACAUGAAGCGAGAUGCUAAAACCUGACUUACAUGACAGUCAUGGAGAUGGAUGACAGAUUUACAGGUUAUGAUACUCUGUCGGGUGCAUCAAAGGACACUCACCUGGGUAGCGACCUGCAUAAAGACUGUAAGCCACAACAAUGAUGUGGUGAACAGAAUAUGACAUUUAAAAAAAAAAGUUAAUUUCAGUUGUUAGUUACAGGUGGAAUAAUAAUCUUAAAUCACUCAUACCAUUAAAGAAUGAGUGAAUUGUUCUUGCUUGAGGCCCUUCGUCUUAAAGAACUGUAUGUUUUAGCACUUUUAAUGUAUUUCCCCGUGGAGCCCUCAUACUUACUACUGACUGAACACACUUGAAAAACCAUGAUGUCUACGUUAUAUAGUGUCUGAUUAUGUGUUUGUGUAUGUAUUAUUCAUCGGUUUUAAUAUUUGUUUAGUUUUAGUUGUGUUGAGACAAAGAGUUGAGAUUAAAAAAGCUUGACCCGUUGAUUUUUUUUUUUUUUUUUUUUUAAAUGAAAGGAUACAGUUAAUUCUCACCUACGAAAUGGUCCCUGUAUUUUAUGUGAUCUUUUACAUUAAAUCACUCCAAGCUGAGUCAGUAGCUCAGUGGAUCUAAAGCCA